AUGACUAUAAAUCUGGUCAUACCAGUGAAGUAUGACCAUUUCACGGCUUUCACAUCGAUUCUUCAUGUGGUUGGCGAGGACCCGACCCGAGAAACGCCGACGUGGCCCGAUUUAAACGGGUCGUUUUCCUCCACGCGAAUCUCGACCCUUUUUUCUAUUCUUUCUUCUGGCGGAGGAGGAAAAAAAAAGGAGAAAACUUUACUCCCUGCAACAAUGGAGGUUUCACUGUGUCGCGUUCCGUCUCUAUGGACCGUCGGAUCAAGAGCCACCCAGAGUAAAUCAACGGUUAGUUUCGUUUCUCCCACAAGACGCCACCGCUCGAUCGGAAAUCGGCAUCUCAGAGCGCCGGCAGCGUUUGCGUCGGUUGGUGACGUGGCUGCUGGGGUGGCGGCGGAGCCCGGCAAAGUAGAGAUUACGUGGCAAAUUAUAGCCGGGACUAUAGCUGGAGUCACACCGUUUGUAGUUGCAGGAAUCGAGUUCAGCAAAAGAAUAAUAGCACAGAAGAGAUGCGAAGAAUGCGGAGGUUCAGGGCUCGUUCUCAUAGAGGAUGAGUACUGCCGUUGCCCACAAUGCGGUGGGUUUCUUCCAUGGCAGUCGUGGAGAAGAUUCUUCACUGGCUGAUUCUGAUCUGAACAAAAAGAGAGAGGAGGCAGAGAUUUGUAGAUUCCAUUGUUGUUGUACAGACAUCUAAGCUCUUUGUGUAUUCUUACAACACAUUCAAAAAUUACAAACAAUUGAGCAGAAAAAAAACAAAAGCAAAUAAUAUUGGAGAUGGUUUGAA